UACACAUUCUUCAUUUAUCUUACCGACAUCGCCGUUAAAGCCGCACUAAGUGGAAGAACUUAGUUUGCGGUCCGACAGUAGGACGGUCGUGUCGACGGUGGACGCGAUGCCGCAUAUAAUCGUCAGCACUCACGGUAGUUAGAGUAGUCUCUUCCAUGAUUCGCAAUUAUUCGGCGAUUUAGACCCUUCGUUUGACGGAUCGGACGUCACUUAGGUCGAGUUUCGGUACUGAAGUGCUGUAAUUUAGGACGGGCCACUUUUUAUCGCGACGUGAGUGUUAUCAGCAUGAGGAUUGUUUCAUGUUCGAGUGAAACGUUCGUCUCGUUCGGCUCGUCACUUGUUUUAGUGAAGGAAAGAGAGUAGCGAAAACAAUUGAUUCUUUUUUCUUUUUUCAUAAAGUUUUUUGCGAAGAUAGUUUAAUUUUGUGGACCGCGCGGAUUUCGCUCGCGUUUUGAAUUUAUAUUUACUGUGUAAAUAUUACGCGCUUCUCAGCACACAAGCAUAUAUAUAUAUAUAAAACAUCACAUAUUCAAAAUAUCUAUAUUUUACUACGGAGGGAAUGAAAGUGGCGUUUUUGUAUCUCAAUUGAUAUCUCAUUUUUAAAUGGAAAAAUACGUAAGAUAUCCUGCCUUAUGAAUCUUUACAUUGUUACAACGUACAUACGCUCGUCAGAUCUUUACAUUGUUUAAAGCGUGUACUCCAGAGUCCUUAUGUAGACGUGAUUUCUCCAACCCAGUUUCACAGAGCUUCGUGUCUCUCCCAAGCGUACUUCAAGAAUCUCAUUAAAAGCGAAAUAAAGACCUAUACUAAAGAAAAGAAAGGAUAAUAUACUAAAGAAGAGGCAUUUAAAUGAGAAUAGCCGACUGAUACUGUGUCGUAUUCCGCUAGUUUCCUCGAAGCAUAUUAUCGUCGUCAGUUUCGCUAUGUGUUCCGUUUCUUCGUUAUAAACUUUUUUUUCUUUUACCUGUAGAAAAGCAAACGUUCUCUGUUUUCUAUUUAUUUCGUAUGAACCGUCGGGAUCAAUGGUACGAUGGCGACUUUGAGUGACAUACGACCGCUAUUGCAUAUCGCGAGAUUUUUCGGAUGUGGAUUCUACAUCGUCAGUGAGGACGAUAUCAAAACGAUAAAAUACAGUGUCGUUUAUACGACCUUCUUCGUGUUAUUAUAUACGGCUAUUUGCGUGAUGAAUUUUUGCGUACUUGCAAAGGAGGAUGUGUUAGGACGGCGGCUGUUGGCGCUUACCAUUGCGAGAACGGGCCUCACAUACAUUAGCGUUUUGACCGACAUCGUGUUGACCUUCUGGUACAGCUGGAAAAUAAGAGCCGCUCUCACGCAGUUACGCAUCUUCGAUCGAGCCACAAAGUACAAGGAGCAAGUAAAGUCUUACAAGAUCCAUUAUAUCAGCUGGAUUUUACCGUUCGUUAUUAUGGUGUUUUGGUCGAUAGCUGGAUACUUGACGUUUCUUUGUGAACCCAAAGACACAUUAUUCAAUGGCGUAACUUAUGCCGUUAUCAACACAACGCUGUCGAUGCAACUAUUGAGAUUUAUUAGCCUGUCAUUCCUUUUACGUGAGAGAUUUCAUCGGCUUUGUGAAAUAUUGCUGCUGCCCGAAGAUGGCAAAAUUAUGGUCGUGGAUCGAUCGGCCAGGCAGCUGCGCUUGCAGGAGGUAUGGUGGCUGCACUCGUGUCUCGUCAACGCCACAGAGCUGAUAAAUUCAGUGUAUGCACUACAGCUUCUGCUAUGGAUCGCUGGUGGAUCCUUUAACACCCUGACGCGUCUCUACACAAUGAACGAACACCACGGGUUGUCAACUUUUUUAAUUACGAGGGAGAUGAUGAUGGUGUCCGCUUGUGCGACGAAUCUUCUGCUCAUCACUACUGUCUGUCACUCGAUCUCGGCGCAGGCUAAUCGCGUUGGAAAGAUCACCUUCUCGCCGUCAUCAGCUAUUGUCGCGAAACGCAGUAGCGCGCAGGAUUGCAGCGUGGACGCUGCAACGUACUUUCAGCUGUAUCAAGUGAAUUUUUUUGCUGUUUUCGGGCUUAUACGCAUCGAUCUUCCUUUGCUCCUUUCAAUCGAGUUCACCUAUGACAACGGAUCAUUCUCGUCCAUUUCCUACAACGAGAGCAUGGAGAUGGAUCUCAGCGAGAUUUUGUGGAACUUCUACGACAAGUUCAACGGGGACACUAACUAUCUGCUGAUCAUCCUCUACGUGCCGGUGAUAGCGAUCGCAGUGACGGCCAACAUACUUGUGAUUGCAGUGGUCUUCAAGUACCAUUACAUGAGAAGUGUAACCAAUUAUUUCGUGGUGAAUCUCUCCGUCGCCGAUUUGCUGGUUACCAUAAUAUGCAUGCCGGUGGCCGUCAGUCAAGCAAAGUCGAUCGUGUGGAGUCACGGUGAACUCAUGUGCAAACUCUCUUCUUAUCUACAGGGUGUUGCCGUUGCAGCCUCGGUGUUCACCAUAACGGCGAUGAGCAUCGACAGAUACCUGGCAAUAAGGAGCCCUAUGGCGUUCCGUCGUGUAUUUAAUCGCAAGAGCACCGUGCUCGUUAUCGUCGCUCUCUGGCUAGUGGCUCUGAGUAUCUUUGCGCCCGUCCUCAAAGGGAUGACUCUUCACAGUUUGGACACAGAGCUCGACAACAUCACUUUCCAAGGAGCCUGGGCGAUAAGAGGGAACUUUUCGCAUGGGACGCGCACAUCACGAAUGCCGCCGGCCUUCUACAUCUGCUCGGAGGACUUCAAGCCCUUGGGUAUCCGGCCGCAUCUCUUCGGUACCGCGUGUUUUAUCCUUGUUUACGCUGUUCCGGGUUUCAUCGUGAUACUGGCCUACUCAAUGAUGGGUCGCACCCUGUGCUCCAGAAAACCGCCCUUCGACUGCGACAGCGUCGAGGGAAGCGCCAGCUCGCAGCAGAGCUUUAGACUGGUACGUGAGAGGAGACGAAUCGCUUGGAUAUUGCUGCUCCUUGCUGUGCUCUUCGCCCUAUGUUGGCUACCUUACAACGUGCUUAGAUUGCUAGUCGAUCUCGGCGCAAUUGAAGAAGGGAAAUCAAUAACAGACGCACUCUCGUACUGCUUGUUCCUGGGACACGCAAACAGCGCCCUGAAUCCCGUGGUAUAUUGCUUCAUGACGCGUAAUUUUCGUCGCAGCGUCUCCGAGAUCCUGCGUCGUGGCUCCCAUGGUCUGGCACGCCGUAAACCUCGCCGCAAAAGCGUGAUGAUCAAUGAUGCUUGCGGCGGUUGUAGUGUGCCGGGCACGCGUCGUGGCCUGUUGCGCCAACAAAACAUGCUACGCGGGUGUGGUUGCGGCAUCCCCAUGAACGGUCAUCACGCCGUCCUCGCGCUGCGACGCACCGCGACGUCCAGCAGCGGCUACGACAGCUUCUACAGCCGUCGUUGCUACAUGUUGAGGAGCAUCCGCGACGUACCGCAGGCGGCACCUGUCGCCAAUCCGCCGGCGAACGUCGCUGAUGGCAAUCGCGAGCAGCCGGAAUAUGAGAAGAACAAUGGGCUCGAGAACAGUCAACCACGCCAGAGCACUCUAUGUACCACGGAUGAACAACGACGUUGAACUUGGAAAUGUGAGCUUGAACGAGUUUCUUCCAAGCAGGUGUUUCUAUACACGAGUGUAAUCGCGAAAUAUCUGUAUAGCUGGAUGCUUUUAGGGAAGACGAAUUACGGUACGAUAAGGAUCAUAUUUUUACGAUGCUAGUCAGGUAUACUUCUUGUCAGAUACAUCCGGUCGGAAGUCUUUGGGCUUGCAACGUAGCCGUAAGCUAAGCGUUAAGAAGAUACUGGGUAUCAGUAUAAUGCAGCUUCGUAUUUUGCACGGUUUUUCUAUUCCGCCGUACAGAAUUGCUUAUGCAGAGUGAAAGUAUUCCAUAUUAUAUCAAAAACAAAAUAAUUUUGUAAAUAAAAACUUUUUUAAAUUUUUUAUAUAAUAUAUGAUAUACCAUAUGGUACCAUAUAUAUACAUGAUAUGGCAACAUAUGCGUACUUCAUCAUUUAUGAAGACAUUUUCACUUUGUAUAAGAAUUUGCAAUUCUAUUCAAUCAAAUAAGAAAACAGUAUAAAAGACGAAGCAACUUUUUAGACUCGGGUCAGAUUAGGGAUGGAAUCUAUUGAACUUUUCACAAUAUUUACAUAGCAACUACAUAAUGAUGUUAUUAACGUUGACAUUGACUGUCUCGCUGAUUUUUAUUGAUUACUUCAAUGUUCCACUUCGAAUUUUUUUACUGGAUUAUUUCUAUUAAUUAUUUCAAUGCUCAAAGUUUAAAUUAUUAUAAAUAUAAUUAAAAUCAACACAGUUCAUGAUAUACAUAUUCAUUAAUUCGUUUUAUUACCUCUCUAUUGGUUAUACAUUUAAUUUUUUACAUGUAGUUUAUAUUUUUAUACAUAAAUUAAUGAGACACGGUAAUGUUGUAGUACUGGCCACUAGAUCCUCAUGUUAAUUCUAUGUAUUGUGAAAUCUAUAAAAUGUCUGACAGAUUACAUUAUAUCGGAAAUUGAAAAUUGCAAAUUGAAAAUUAAAGCUUGACUUAGUCAAGAUAAAACGAGAGUCAAGAUCGAAAUUAAUUGAUUGUCCAAUUCUCUAAUCUCUAAUCCACAAUUCUCAAUUUCCGAAUCUACUAGUCUGAUACAGGCUUUACUCUGGUCUCCAUCGGUUUAGAAAUAUUUCUAACAAAAGGUGUUCUCAGUUUUCUCAUAUCACUGGAUAUAUCGCCAUGAUUUGUACGAGCUGUAUAAAUCACAGUAGCAGAUAAACUUCUUGCCUGCGAAUCCAAAGUUUAGUAGUUUGAAAGUAUUCAACGCGUCCCGUGGAACUGGCGUAUAGCGUGUUAAAGCUGGCGUGGUACGAGACAAAUUCAAUUUGUGAAAGUGUUCGCAUUUUUACGGGCGAUGUAUCUCCUGAAAAAUUUGUAUAUGUUCGAAUGGUUGAGAGAAAAAGAUAUCUAAAAAAUAGUAAAUAUUUAUUUGAUGGGUAUACACAUAUUUAUUUCAAUUUAAAUUCUUUUAUUUAAAUAUAAAAUAAACAAUUA